AUGGACGUGGACGAAGACGUUGCGGCUGCGGACGGGGGCGAAGGUGGCGUCGGCAGUGGCGGUGGCGGUGGCGGAGAGCGCGGCGGGACAGCGGUGGAAGUCGACGACGAGCGCGAGCAGCGGGAGACGGAGAGCACGAAGCACGUGUCCUUCCUCUUUGAGGCCCUCGAGGAGCCGGCAUUGAUCGACGUCCUGGGGCGGACCCCGGCCCUAGCGCAGGCUGUUUCCAGGUUGCUUCCGUUCCUGACCUACGGGAGGAAGGCUGCCGCGGGUCUCCUAGCCGAGAAGUUCGCCGAGGCGUACUUCGAGCGGGCCGGGCUUCCGGCGGCGUUGAAGAUGCUGGCCGGUCUGUGCAGGGGCCACGCCGGCGCGCAGGGCUUCCUGGCGGAGCGCGGCCUGCUGGAGCGGCUCCACUGGAUGGAGGGGACAUCGACCUCGGGGGAGGUCGGUCUUUUGGCGGAAACCUUGUUGGAGGCGGCGGCCCAAGACAACGCUCUCACCGGCGCCGAGGUCACGCGCCUGAGGGAAGAGACUCGCGCGGCCAAGCGCAAGCUGGCGCAGGCCCGGAGGGAGCGAGCGCUGAAGGCCAUGGGGGUCCGCGCCGCGGGCACGGGGAAGUCUUCUGCCGUUUCGACGGCGGCAGGGGCGGGGUCCGGGGAUGGGGAGCCUGCGGCGGCGGGGAGCGAUGGCGCAGCAGCGGCGGCGGCGGUGGCAGGAGAUGCCAGCUCGUCGCCGCCCUCUGGUGCUGGAGCGUCGCCGUCGUCGCCGGCCACGGCCGCUAGUACCGGCGGCGGGGCGGCGGCGAGGGCGAAGGCGAAAGCAAUGGCGGCGGCGGCGGCGCGGGCGGCGGCCACGCCGGCGUGGAUGUCGGAGAUGAUGGGCCUCGAGGAGGAGGCCGGAUUGACCUGCAUGGUGUGCCACGAGGGAUACCAGUGCAAGCCGCGCGCCGUGCUGGGCGUCUACGUGUACGCCAAGCCCGUCCUCGGCAAGGAUCUCCAUGAGCUGGAAGGCGACUUCCUUCUCGACCCCGCAGACCUGCCCGCCGCGACCGAGGCCGGCGGCGGCGGGGGUGGGGGCGGUGGGGGAGAUGUCGUGUUCUACGGGGACGAGUCUGGAGGGUCGGAGGAUGACGACGGGGAGGGCGAUGGUGGCAUCGACGCCGCCGCCCAAGGCUUGGACCGGCUCGUCGGCAUAGUGGCGUCCCGGGCCAUGCAAGGCGGCGGCAACGCCGGUGGAGGCGGCGGGAGCCGCGCACGCGCGCACGCGGACGCCGUCGCCGCUCUCGAGCGCUGCUGCCGGGGGGAAGGCAGGAGCGGCGGCAGCGGCGGGUUUAGCGGCGGCGGCGGCGGUGGCGGCGCCGGAGGGGCGGCGUUGGUGUCCACGGUGGCCGCGUUCAACGUGAUCCAUGUGUCCUGCCACCAAGAGGCGGCGCGGGCGGACAGGGCCAUGCGCGUCCCCAAGUCGGAGUGGGAGGGGGCUACGCUGAGGAACUCGAGGGUGGCCUGCAACAGCCUGCUGCCGCUGAGGUCGCCGACCACCCCCGACGAGCGGUACCAGGCCGGGCUUGACCGGCACAUGGCCAACCUCGGCGAGGUGCUGCAGGGGCAGGCUUUCGCGCCCCGCCUGCCGCUUCUGAUCCAGGACGUCAGGCUGCUUCUGUUGAGGCUGGCGCACCAGGAGAGCCUCUCCGCCGACUGCGGGGGCGGGGCGGCUCGCAGCAACAUCCAGGUCAUUCCGUACCAACUUCAGGCGUACGAAAGGGCGAUCAAGCCCCUGAGCAAGAACGGCGGCGUGGUGGCGAUCCUGGCGGCGAUGGGGCUGAAGGAGGACUUCGCGUCGGCGGUGGUCGGCGGGGAGAGGGAGGCGGGGGCGAUGGGCGAGAGGGAGAAGGCGGAAGCGUGUCGAGCGCGGGUGCUGAACCUGCUCUGCGAGGGAGAGGUGUUCGCGCUGGCCGGGUCUCGCUCCUAGCAAUUGGGCGUUUUACGCAUCAGGCGUAGCUUCUAGGCAGUGGUUGCCAGCGCGCUCCGGCUGGUUUGCGACGUCGGAGACGAUGGCGGGGUUCGGGUAUUCUUGCGGGAAAGAAUCCGCAAAGACUUUUUCAACCUGGGUGGGGGGGGAGGGGGGGGAGUCUGGGGAGGUCAGGGGUUUUGGUAGUCGGAAGUUGUUGUUGUCCAGUACGGCGAGGGGGGCGUUUUUGCCGGCGUGUGUGUUAAUUGUUCUUGGUUGUCCUCGGCGUGCCGAAUUUUGUUGCUUGGCAGGCCCAAGGUUGUAUCGGGGGGAGGGGGGCGUGAGAGAGACAGCUGGAGUGAUGGGUCAGCGGUGCAAGUUUGCUCCAGCGCUUUUUUUUCCUUUCACUGUGCUGUUUUUGUUCUGAUCUGGGAGGGGGGGGCGGAGUGUGUGUGUGUGUGUGUAUGCUGAGCCGAACCGAUAGUCGAUGGGCGCACGAUGAGUAAAAAGAGAUUUCUGCGCUUUGGAAGCACGAUGAAGCGAGUGUUCGUCAUGAUGGCUGCGUCCGCUGUACUUGUUUUAGGUUUUCAUGGUGUUUGUCUUGUCUGGGGUUAAACGAGCCCUACGCGCUCGAUACGAGAGUGCUACAGGCGAUCGAUUGCAUGAAUGAACAUAGAUGCUGCUUCGGAGAUGCUGCUGCUGCUGCAGGCUGGUCUUCGCGGCGAUCUUGCCCCCGCUUGCAGCUGUUCACGAUUAUAGAUGAGCGUGUGUGUGUUUGUUUUAUGCUUUCCUCCGUACUCCAAGCGCUGCUGCUGCUGCGAAGUUUUUGUUCGGUUAGCGAGAAACCCAUGAGGUGUCUUGCUUGGACGCGGAGACCAGCACAUGUGUACUACCAUGUGUGUUGUGUUCUACAAAGGGGAGAGGUGGGGGUUGGUCAUAGGGAGUACGUUGGGUUUGGGAUGAGACGAUGGGGGUACAACACAUCGAGGUAUAUACUAGUCAAGCUUACCGUGCGCGCGGAGAGAGAUAAGCAGGGUAGCAGCAGCAGAUGAAAGUGAAUGUGUGUGCGUGUAGCACCUGGGUUAAAAACUUAC